AUGGUAGGUAAUUUAAAACUAUAAGUCGAACAUUCAACUACAUUGGCGAACUUGGGCAGAGUACAGUAUAAUUAACCUAGAACUGGCACAAUAGACAAAAUAGGUACGCUAAGCGUACAUGCGUCUGCUAUCAUGGUCAGACAUUGCCAGCUCUUGAUAACUGGACACAUCAUGCCAUCAUGAUGGUGUCAUUCAUUUGUUUGAGCAAAAUGAAAUUAUAAACUGAAAUUAACGUUUCAGAUGAUUCUCACUCUGCUGUAGGGGUCGUUGUACAGUAUGUUCAUCAGUUUAUGUAUCAAAUUCAUUAAGCAGACUGUAAAACUGAAAAGAAAUAAAUUAACUCAAAUGUCAUGAGCCGUUCUGCGGUCACAUUUUACUCCAGAACAACUCUUGAGGUCAUUUUGAAUUUAUAGUUUGUGUAGUGAUUCAAUUAUGCCUCGUUUUUAUUACCUCCUUCCCCACUCCAAUAUCACCAUCUUCAAAUAUUACAUAUUUGGGUAUAUUAUGCGUGUGUGUAUUGUACACUGUAUGAUAUGUUGUUUGUUCUCCACAGCCGUGUGUCAUAGCUGAUUGUGGAGAGGUUCUAGCAGAAGAGGACAUCAUGACCGUAAAGGAUGAUGGAACUGGAGAUACAUAUUCAGAUCACCCAGAGGAAUCGAACGUUCAAUUUACUAAGGUACAACACCGCGCGGUCAAACGCAUUUUGACUGCUUGUAUUGGAAAGACUGCAUGAAAUAGUCUGUAUUGUCUUCACCAAGCUCUAGCAAAAGAUGUAAAGAAAAUUACGAGAGUGUAAACUCAGUAUAAUUUCUUCAGACUUCUUCUCGCAAGGAAAAAGCCUAAGUUUAUACAUUCAUGCUUCUUUUCCCCUUAUUUACUCCAGACCAAUUAGUUUGAGCCGCGUAUCCGCUUGGCUGCCUUGAAGCAAAUUAAAUUAAAAUUAACACAGCAAAAUAAAUAGAAGAAGUGAACAUAAUCUCAACUACAAAAUCAGCAAAGUGUUUUACAUUUAAAAGAUUACAGUAGUUUCACACCAUCGUAUUGCGGGCUAAAAUUUCUCCUGCCCGCCAUUUUAUGGGCCGAGUAGAUCAAUAGAUCUAGAAAAUUUGUUUUUCAAUCCGUCUUAUAUUUAAACCACCCUCUGAGAAUCCUUGCUUCUCUUAUCUGAUUCUUAUUGGAAAUGUACCAAACAAGGUAUUUUUAUAGUUAUUUGUUGAUUUUGGUUAAGAUAUAAAAACAGCAAGAGCCCGCGAUACCAUGGUGUGACACUAAUCCACUAAAAUUAUUCUCAAUACUGCAUGAUACCAACAAAAAAUUAUUUUUACAGUACCAUGCUGACGGAAUACCAAAAUCAUAAACUUUUCUGUUCCGUCAGGCAUUUUAAUUACUAUACUAACUGUUAGAAAAAAAUUAUUCGUAAUAAUUCAUUCAUGUUCGAAGUUGAAAUGGUUCUCACAUAUACAUUCUUCACCUGUUAGUUUAGCGAGGUCUUUGAGGUUGCAGAAAAGAUCAAAACAAUCGGAAAUGAACAGUUCAAGCUAGGAAAUUACGAAGUAGCGCUGAAGAAAUAUUUCAAAGCUAUAAGGUAUAAUUUUGAAUGAAUUAACUAGCGUUACUAUAAUGUCCUUAGCUUGUGAAUACGUUACAAUAUGAUGCUUGUGAUGUUACUCUGGGUGUAUAUCCACUAGAGGUGUGCAAAUCCGAUCCAAAUCCGAUCGGAUUCGUUCGGAUUUCGGAACAAAAAUAUACAUAUCGGAUCGAUGUAUUAUUGCAAGAAUGAAUUAUCCAUGCAUUUAUCAAAGCAUUAUCGCGGUUGUCGCUGCAUUUUUCGUUUGAUACUUCAAUUGGACGUCACUUUGUCAGCUUCUUGACGUGUAUUUCUUGUUUUUAUAUUUAUUUGGGUAAACAUUUCAACUUGAAUGAGAAAUUUAUUUUGUUAAAGGAUUCAUCGGAUCAGAUUGGAAUUCUUUAUCACAACUCGGAUCGGAUUCGGAUUAGACAAUUUCGGAUCGGAUUUUAAACAUUAGCCAAUUGUCGGAUUUCCGAUGAACACCUAUCCAUACCGGGCAAACUUGAAAAAUAUGCCUGGCCACGGUGGGAAUCGAAUCUACGACCUUUGAAAUACCUUUUCAAGUUUGCCCGGUGUGGAUAUACACUCAGAGUAACAUCACAAGCAUCAUAUUCACCUGAGUACAUUACACCAACACAGAAAAAAAUCACGUUACAAUAUAUUGUAACGAAACACAACCCAUUUUAAGAGACCACUUUUGUCAUUCUCAGGAAAGUGGUAAUCGUAUAGCGUUAUGUCUUUCCUUUCCGUCUUCCCUAGAAUGCUCAUCGACAUUUUUGUCUUUUCUGAUAGCUGCGAUGGAUGCAUGCAAUGUUUUGUUUGGGAAAAUCUCGAACGUUGAGGGAAAAUGUAGGUUGCGAAGAACAGGGGCGUGUCGAGCGCCCACCCCAAUGUUAAACGUAAGAAAUGUUCGAAUUUCCCGUUAAAGUAUUUGAAGAUUGAAGCUAUAAAAUAAUAUAGUCUAUUCAAUACAAAUAUAAUGACGUUUGCGCUAACCACUGAGUAUUUUAAUAAAAUAUAGUACAAUGCCAAUGGAACUCCGAAAAUUUCAUUUUUAUUGUAAUUCAAGGUUUCGACUAUAGUCAUCCGUAGGAAUUAUGAAAGCAACUAGUUGUUAUGAAAGUAGUUGCUUUCGUAAUUCCUGAGGAAACGUAGAAUUAUAAUAAAAAUGAAAAUUGUCGGAGUUUCCAUUGUAGUGUACUGUAUAAUGACGUUUUAUGUUGCAUUUCAGAGUAAAGAAUGUUUGAAAUUAUUAGUGUAAUCAAGUUUUAACUUUUUGUUGACGAACUGUCAACCAGCACUCCAAAUGACUGAAAAUCCCAUUUCGGUUGGUCUAAAUCCCCGCUCCCCAGACUCCCUAGUUGCAUGGGUGGUGUACUUUUACUUUGGUCGCUCCGCCCAAAAUAGCCGAGCUCUAUUCGCCCCUGGCGAAGAAUACAAACUACGAACAUGUGUGUAUGAUGCAGCAACCUGUAAAAUAUAUAAUGUGAAAUCUCUAACUAAAUAUAGUCAGGGGUACUCGUCUUUGCGUGAUUUUUAUAAAGCUUUGGUAAGAAGGCAUACUACAGUAGACAGGAUAAUGGGUAUUUUUUGUAUUAUAUAGUAAUUUGAAAUAGAUUGUAUACGUAAUAUGGUUACGUUUAUGUAUAUAAAUAUCCUGAUUGGACAAGCGAUUUCAAACGACUCUACAUAAAGCUUAACACAGCAGUUCAAUGAUGAAUAAUUUCCAUGCUUAUACUGAUGUUUAAUGCUGAAUAUCGACCUUAUACUGAGAACUGUUGUGUACAUGCAUGUAUAUUGAAGUUCGAAAUUCCUCUUUUAAAUGUUUUGUUUGGCCUUUUUGGAAUUAAAUAACUAUCGUUCGUUGUGUCUGUGGUUGUUGUUCUUGUUCAUGUUAAUAUAUUUAGCUAUAUAAUAUCUUAUUUAUUAUAUGGCAAGCAUCACUUCCGGUGAAAUGGCGAACUGUGAUUGGCUGAGAAGCACUUUCAGCGGUCCAUUAUUUUCCCGUAAUGGCCGCCCGUAAAAAAACAAACGCAUGCAUUUUAAAACAAAACUGCAAAACUAAUUGAAAAUUAUAAUAAUAAGAUAUCUGCGAAUGGUUUUUAGUGGAAAAGAAGGAAUACAUUAGUGUUUUUUUGUUUUCUUCGACCAAAUGUGUACCACGCUACUAAUAUGCAUUUCAAAUCAUGCAUUUCUUAUUUGCUUCAAGUAUGAAUGCCAUAUAAUAAACUUUUUAUUAACCUCACUUGCUCGGUAUACGUACAGAGAAAUAUCGGACCUCUGUCUUUUUGUAGAAACCUCGCCCUAGGGGCUUGGUCUGUACAAAAAAUACCUCGGUCCGAUAUUUCUCUCUACAGACCUCGCGUUCGGUUAAUAAGAAGUUAUUAUUAUAUGGCAAGCAUCACUUCCGGUGAAAUGGCGGACUGUGAUUGGCUGAGAAGCACUGUCAGCGGUCCGUUAUUUUCCCGUAAUGGACCGGCGGUCCAUUACGUAAAAACAAACGCAUGCAUUUUAAAACAAAACAGCAAAACUAAUUAAAAAUUUGAAAAUUAUAAUUUAAUUUGUUAUUAAUAAGAUAUCUGCGAAUGGUUUUAAGUGGAAAGGAAGGAAUACAUUGGUAAUUUUUGUUUUCUUCGACCAAAUCUUUACCACGCUACUAUAGUAUGCAUUUCAAAUCAUGCAUUUCUUGUUUGUUUCGAGUAUAAAUGUCUAAAAAUGCCAUAUAAUAAACUUUUUAUUAACCUCGCUUGCUUGGUUUUUACAGAGAAAUAUCGGACCUCGGUCUUUUUGUACAAACCUCGCCCUACGGGGUCGGUCUGCACAAAGAGACGUCGGUCCGAUAUUUCUCUGUACAGACCUCGCGCUCGGUUAAUAAGAAGUUAAUAAUCAAUUUGGCUAUUGGGCUCUUGCAAAUGACGUCACCACACGUAUUUGUUCACUUCUGUCAUUUUGGGUAGCAAAUUUAAAAUAGUUAAUUAAAAGCAAACAUGGCGUCAAAGCAAGACUGUGGCACUAACUGCGGCUGUUGCUUUUGUUUGAGAACUUUGAAGAGUUAGAAUGGUUCACAGCUGUGUAGUCAGUCGGUUGAAUAAAAUUUUUUUGCCAUCCAAAAUGACGGAUUUUUUUACGAUACGUCAUACUGCAAGAUCUGAAUACAUGAUAUAAUGUAAUUCUUGCUCCUCUGCUCUUGAACAAUUUAGUUGGUUCCGAACUUGUACCUCUAACAAAGCACUUUCUUCGACAAUUACCCAAAAAUCUAACUAAGGCUCGAUCAGUAAAGAGGAAAUUAGUAUAGUUCAGGCCUUAAAAUAUCGGUCGGUCACGGACAUUGUCCGACCCAUUCGUGAAAUUGUCCGACGUAGAGAGGAAGCCGCCGGACAUUCUGUCGACAUAAGUGAAACUGAAGUUUAUUGUUUGUCCGACCCGAGUGUGUUGGUGUCCGACCACACUGUAGCUUUGUCCAACGUGAAUCAAUCAGCAGUAAGGCUCGUAUGUUAAAUGGAAAAUCAGAGGACUAUUGAGUAUUGUAUAAAAACUUAAAAAGUGAACUGGAAAUGUUGUUUUAACGUAGCUAAUCGAGCGCGGGGCGGCGAGCGAAAUGGUGAAGUGGAAAACGGGCUUAAUUUUGGCUUGGAAAUAAGUAUGAAUGACACAAAUUAUUUAAUAUCUUCACAACAUUUAACGUUCAGAAUUAAUACAUUGUGCUGAUAUUCAUUUGUGUCAUUCAGACUUAUUUCCGAGUCAAAACUGAACUGAAGGUCAUAUGUCCGACCCAAACUUAACGUCAUCGGACCCUUUGUCAGACGACCCUGUAAAAGAUAUGUUAAGGCCUGUUAGUUAACUCAAUAGUAUCUAAAACUUUAUAUGAAUAGCAAUAAUUUUGUUGUCCCUUUAGAUACUUAGAGCACAUUGAUUCCAACAUUUCGUCUUCAUCUGAUAAUGAAGAUAAUAAAAAUGACAAAGAGAAAGCGAUGACGGUGGUCUUACCUUGUUACUUAAACAGGUAAAAAAGAUUAUUUUGUUGUUACCAUGGUCAGAUAUUCUCAUCAGACCUGGAACUUCCAUAAAACCUCUCCAUGCAUGGCAAUUACGUCAUGUAUGUCGCAUGCAUCGUAGAAAUUUAUUUUCUGUAUUUACGAUAUUUGUUACGGUUAGCAACACUGUAAAAAGUAGCAUCUAUUCACAAAGGCAUAAAGAAAUUUUCUAAGAUUUGUACAGACUGCUAAUAUAAUACCAAUUCCCUAAAAAUUUAUACUACGGCAAAAAACCGCCGUCGUUGUCCACACUGAUUCACGGCAUUUUCCUCUCGAACUAUGCGAUCAAAUUGCCACGAGUGCCGUAAUAAAAUUCCAGCCCUAGCCUGAUGCUAAUUGUAAUUGUUUCUUCACUCAAAGUCUUUGUACAGUACGUACAUGAGUUAAACUUAAUAAAUAUUGUUUUAUUAUUAUAUUUAGCGCAGCUUGUUAUCUUAAACUUAAGAAUUAUGAAGAGGCAGUUACCAAUUGCAGUGAAGUAAGUAUUCCAUUUAAUCGCUAUUACUUUUCUUCUUAGAAUGCCCCAAAUACUGCACAUGCCAAGAAUCAUAUUUGGGGUUAUAGUCAGUGGCACUUUAACCAGUCUACUGUUGAGCAGCAAAACAUGAUUUGGAUGGUGGUUAUAAUGAGGAGACAUAUUUAUAUUGUCAUAUAUUUUGUAGGUGCUUGAUCAUUAUGAAAAAAGUAACGUUAAAGCUCUAUUCAGAAGAGGCCAGGCGUACUCGUCGUUACGUGAUUUUGAUAAAGCUUUGGUAAGAUUGUAGGCAAUUUUCAAUUUACCGUGGUAUAUGUUAAGCUUAACGUCAUAGCAGUUCAAUGAUGAAUAAUUUCCAUGCUUAUACUGAUGUAUAAUGCUGAAUAUCGUCCUUAUACUGAGAACUGUUGUGAAUAUUGAAAUAUUGCCCGAGGGCGAAGACCCGAAUUAUUAACAAUUCAGGUAAUAUUUCGUCGAAUCCCCUGAACGAAGGAUCUAUAAAUUGCUACUAAGAAGCCACUAAUUCUAAUUUGAGAAUAUAAACUUGCUAAGUGCGUUAUGCAGAGUGCAUUAAACUUGAGUGCAUUAUCUUUUCCAUCUUGAAGGUAACAUACUUCCUGAACCCUAGAGGUAGGAUUGUGGUCAACCGUAUAGGGUUUAGGUUAACCCUAGAGUUAGGGUUGAUGUUCACCAUUGGGUUUGGGUUAAGGUUGGUAGGGGUUAGCCGUAACUCAUCGCUCUAUGUUGUCGGCCAUCUUGCAGGAGUUUAA